CCCCCGCCUCCCGUUACACGUCAUCACUCCAGGGCGGCCCUGCCCUCACUGUCCUCCUCCUCCUCCAGGUGAGCCGGUGAUGUCACAGCCGGCCAGGUGAAGCGGCGUGAAGGCACUGCUUGGCACGGGUUACCGCUCGUUACGGAGGAAGCGCGGCCAGGCACACAGGGCUGUCAGUAUGCCGGCCCCCCGCAAUGCUGCCCGUCUCCCCAUGCCAGCCGUCUGGCUGUGGCUCUGGCUGGGCCCCGCGCUGUGUCCGCUGGCGGGGGCGGUCCCGGAACAAGGAACGUGGAGCCUGUCGGUCUCCAGUGAGUCCGGUCCCGUUAUCUUUAGAAAAAUAUUAUAUAAUUCCACAAAUAUCAAAGUGAAACUCCUCUCGCCGAACUGUCAAGAUCCUGUGAAACUUAUUGUGAAAUGGUACCUAAAUUACCACCAGUGCUACAAUCAAUAUGUUAACCUUGACGAGAUCAUGCAAAGACGUUUGAGUGAACUACCACGUGAAGAUCUUUGUGAUAACAUUCUCCAGCAAGAUCAAUGCUUUAAGUAUGAAAAUGCUGAUGCAAUCGAGUGCAGCAAGAACACCCAGACGUUACCCGUGCUGCGAGCAAAAUAUACUCCGACAGCAAGUGUCAGCAAAUCAAAAGAACUGAAAGAAACACCGGCAAAGUCUAAACCUGAAGAAAAUGACAAGAAAUCAAACACAGAGAAAGGAACACAGGCAAAAUCUAAACCUGAAACCAAUUCUAAACCAGCAGCAAAUGACGCCAAUCCAAAUGCUCAGAAAGGAACGCAGCUUGUCAGUAUUAGAAACAGAAGAGCUGCUCAAAACAAGGAGUAUGACAUUGUAGCACAAACGUCUCGAAGUGGACCGUUUGUCUUUGUGCUCGUCAUUUCAGCAGAAACUAAGGCAAAGUGGAAUUUAACUGUUUUAACCUCAAUGGAGAGUCCAUAUGGGUAUAUUUCUGCUUCCGAAUGGCCAUUAAUGAUUUUUUACAUGGUAAUGUGCAUUGUGUAUAUAUUCCUUGCACUGCUGUGGUUUAUCUGGUCUGCCUGCUAUUGGAAAGAUCUGCUGAGAAUUCAGUUUUGGAUAGCGGCAGUCAUUUUUCUUGGAAUGCUGGAGAAAGCAGUUUACUAUGCAGAAUAUCAAAACACUAACCACACAGGAGUCUCCACACAUGGACUGCUGAUCUUUGCAGAAUUGGUUUCUGCUGUAAAAAGAACUUUGGCUCGGCUGCUGGUGACCAUUGUAAGUCUUGGAUACGGCAUAGUGAAACCUCGUUUAGGAGCACUCAUGCAUCGUGUGGUUGGAAUGGGCAUUCUUUACCUGAUAUUUGCAACUAUUGAAGCAGUGAUGCGUGUUACUGGGAGCAAAGAAUCGGAUUUGGUUUUAUUGGCCAGUAUUCCUUUGGCGCUGCUGGACUCAGCCUUGUGCUGGUGGAUAUUUGUAAGUCUUGCACAGACUAUGAAAACCCUGAAGUUAAGAAAGAAUACUGUAAAAUAUUCGCUUUAUAGACACUUUACCAAUACCCUAAUUUUUGCUGUUAUAGCUUCUGUAAUAUUUAUGGCAUGGACGACUAAAACCUUCAGAUUAUCAAAUUGUCCAACUGACUGGAUGGAGCUUUGGGUGGAUGAUGCUUUCUGGAGAUUGCUGUUUUCUGUUCUCUUGCUUGUUAUUAUGUUUCUUUGGAGACCUUCAGCAAAUAACCAGAGGUACGCAUUCACCCCACUUAUGGAUGAUUCUGAUGACGAGGUGGAAGAAUUCUUGGUAACAGACCAUUUAGCUGAAGGAAUGAAAUUAAGAGGUACGAAGACAGAACCCAAUGGAACAUCAAAGCCUCCUGCUACUAAUACAGAUGAAGACUUGAAGUGGGUGGAAGAAAAUAUCCCGACUUCAUUUGCUGACGCAGCGCUUCCAGUGUUAAUGGACUCCGAUGAGGAGAUAAUGAUGACCAAAUAUGAAAUGUCUAAAAUUGAAUGAUCUCUGGAUAGAUUGACAGAGGAAACAAAAUUGCGAACUGCUUCACUGAUUGGCCUAUGAUCUGCUAAAUUCCAUCAGUGUUGAAGAGAUUGAAUCGAUGAUGUAGUUCAUAUUUUCGGACCAUAGAAGAUCUUCCAAAUCCUCCUCUAUCCUUCCAGAAAACUAUUUUUUUGUUUUAGUGUUUUUUGUUCUGUUUUUUUUUUUUUUUUUUGUAGCCAUGCUAAUGGCAAUUCAUGGCAUGUACGUUUUAAUUUUCAGGAUUUGCGAGGUGGUGGAAGAGUUGUGACUUUGCAUGUUCCAAGUGGUUAAAAUAUAUUUUUAUCUAAGAUUAUCGCUACAAUAGGAAUAUGCAAUGGAUCUUGUUAUAUGUGUGCUGUCAAACACCCUUGUAAAGAUCAAACCUUUACUUGCAUAUACGAAUUUAAACAAAUUUAAAGAAGUCCCUUUUAUUUUGUGAGAAUCUGUGCGAAAGGACUAUUUGACUUUUUACCUGUUUGUGUUCUCUAUAACUCUUUAAAUUUUAUUUGGCGUUUUCAUGCCAUAGCUGUUGCCUUAAAGAUUUCCUGUAGUUUUACAGGUAAGACAUUUUGUACCAAUCCGAUUUGGUCAGAGUGGAGUGAAUGUCACCCGUUGGGUGAAGAUUGUAAUUUGUAAUUCCUCUCCUCUCAUUCGUUUAUAAAAUAUGUUGUACUUUUUAUAUUAUUUAUGGAUAAUUAUACUGUGUGGGUUCU